AAGCGAAUUCCCCCUUCGAAAGCCUCCGCGCAAACCCUCGCUCCAUCUCUCUCUCCCCGCGCGUAGAUGCUCCUCCCGCCCGCUCAUGGCGAACAACCCGAAUGAAGCCCCCGCCGACGAGUUCCUCGAGCACCUCCUCGGCCUCCCCAGCUUCGCCGCCGCGGCGGAGGCCGGCCUGGCCCCGGGCGACGGCGGCGGCGGCGGCGGCGGCAUAUCCGCGGCCGCCGCCCCGAUGAUGCUCCAGCUCGGCUCCGGCGACGGCUCCGGCCACGGCCACGGCCACGGCCACAUGUCCGCCCUCGGCGGGGCGGCGGGCGGCGGCGGCGGGGGGUACCACGGGGCGGUGUUCCCGCUGGGGCUGAGCCUGGAGCAGGGGAAGGGAGGGUUCCUGAAGCCGGAGGAGGCGUCCGGGAGCGGCAAGCGGUUCCACGAGGAGGUCGUCGAUGGCAGAGCUUCGGCUGUCAAGAACGUAUUUCAUGGACAACCAGUGCCCAACACUGUUCCUGCAGCGCCACAUCCACCAGCGAUGCGCCCAAGAGUAAGGGCUAGACGAGGACAAGCUACAGAUCCCCACAGCAUUGCAGAACGAUUGCGGAGAGAGAGAAUAGCAGAAAGGAUUAGACAAUUGCAAGAUCUGGUUCCAAGUGUUAACAAGACAGAUAGAGCUGCCAUGCUUGAUGAAAUUGUGGACUAUGUGAAGUUCCUGAGGCUCCAAGUUAAGGUUUUGAGCAUGAGUAGAUUGGGCGGAGCUAGUGCAGUGGCACCACUUGUGACCGACAUCCCACUAUCAUCAGUCGAGGAAGAAGGCGGUGAAGGCGGAAGAAACCAACCGGCCUGGGAAAAAUGGUCAAACGACGGCACGGAGCGGCAGGUCGCUAAGCUCAUGGAGGAGAACGUCGGCACCGCGAUGCAGUUCCUUCAAUCCAAGGCCCUCUGCAUCAUGCCAAUCUCUCUAGCCACCGCGAUCUACCAGACGCAACCCCCCGACACCUCCUCCCUCGUCAAGUCCGAAAGCAAUCCACCAUCCUAGACCGCCAACAACACGGGCGCCUCCCCUUUUUCCUGGUCCCACCAAAGACUCGAAAACUAAAAUGCUCCUUGGUCCCCCCCGCUCUAGUUUGUCCCAUUCCGACACCUUCAAAAAUCUAAUUGAUGGCCCUCCUCGAAUUGCAAUCAAAGUCAGAUGCCACAGCCCUUGCUUUUCCGCCCUCUCUUUUAAGCUUUUCGCCGGGACGGGGUUCGAUGUCAAUGCCUAAUAAAAUACUAGCAGGCCCUUAAGGAGAGAGAUUCAAACCCUCACUUGAUAUGCUCUCUCUCAUUCUCUCUCUACCCCCAAUUGGUGAUGUUUAGUGGAGAAUGAUGUGAGCGACUUUAUAGUGGGUGGGGGCUCUUGUUUUUCUUGGUAGUGGGUCGUGGGACCUUGUAAAAGGGAUUGGUUGUGUAAAGUACCAUUUGUAUAAUGUAAUGCGUAGUGUGUUUUGGA